AUGCCAGGCACUCACACUAUGGCACUUCGUCCUUCCUUUGUUCCACAGCGUGUUCCCCUGCCGUCUCCUCCUGCGUCCUCUCUUCCGCACGUUCCGGACCCUGAGUCUGACCAAGUUCGUGCUGCCAGCCCUACUUUCACACGAUUCUUGGCUACUGUUGUCAAUGACUCGUCGUUUGAGUCUACUGCUGCGUCUGCCUUAGUUGCUGAGCUUGUGGACUUUGCUGCUGCAUGUCGUCUAGACUACGCCACUAGUCUUGUUGCUGAGUCUGAGUCUGUCUGUCCUCCGUCCGUCGGGGUUGAGUGUGCUCUUGGCACGGACGUCCUUGAGGACAGGCAGGAGGACUUUGAGUGUCUUGCGGCUGCUGUACCUCAUCUCGUGGCCAUGCUGCUUGCACCUGAGGGAGACCCGGAUGCACUAGACAUCCCAACCCCGCGCUCUUACGCAGAGGCGAUUUCGGGUCCCUACUCCUCUCAGUGGCAGACAGCCAUGGACGCAGAGAUGGCAUCCUGGAAGUCCACAGGCACUUACGUCGACGCAGUUCCCCCUCCUGGGGCGAACAUAGUCGAUGGCAUGUGGAUUUUCAGGGUGAAGCGGCCGCCGGGUUCUCUGCCUGUCUUCAAGGCUCGUUACGUUGCCCGAGGCUUCAUGGAGCCUCAAGUGGCCAGUCUACGGUAUCCGUCAGGCGCCUUGGAGUGGCACGACACACUGAGGACGACACUUGCGGCUCUUGGGUUUGCUCCUUCCACCGCUGAUCUGUCGUUGUUUCUACGCACCGACACGCCGUUCUACAUCCUCGUGUACGUCGACGACUUGGUUUUUGCCACUACUGACACUGAGGCACUCGCCCUUGUGAAGUCGGAGCUGCAGAAGAGACACACGUGCAUAGACCUGGGUGAGUUGCGCAGCUACCUUGGCUUGCAGAUCACCCGGGACAGAGCACGCUGCACCAUCACCCUAACUCAGUCACACAUGGUGCAGCAGGUCCUUCAGCGCUUCGGCUUCCAGUUCUCCUCACCACAGUCCACUCCUCUGCCUACCGGUCACUCGCUCUCAGCUCCACCUUCGGACGAGUCCGUAGAGCCGAAUGGCCCGUACCCAGAGCUUGUGGGCUGCCUCAUGUACCUGAUGACCUGCACUCGACCUGAUCUUGCGUACCCUCUUAGCAUCUUGGCUCGCUACGUUGCGCCUGGGAGACACCAGCGAGAGCACUGGGAGGCUGCUAAGAGGGUGCUACGCUACUUGUGCAGUACAUCGGGCAUGGGGCUGGUGCUUGGAGGACGGGGUGACGUUGUCCUCACUGGACACUCAGACGCCUCUUGGGUUGACGACCUGGCUACGCAGCGGUCGUCACAGGGUUACACAUUCAGCGUUGGUUUUGGCUCUGUUUCUUGGCGGUCUACCCGCUCGUCUUCUGUUCUCAGCUCCAGUUGUGAGGCUGAGAUCUAUGCCGGGGCCAUAGCUGCACAGGAGUUACGCUGGCUCACCUACCUGCUGACUGACUUGGGAGAGCGGCCUCGUUCUCCUCCAGUUAUGUACGUCGACAACAAGGCCGCCAUCGCCUUGUGUCAGGAGCACAGACUGGAGCACAGAACGAAGCACAUCGCUCUGCGUUACUUCCUUGCUCGAGAGUUGCAGCAACGUGGCCAGCUUCGUCUAGCUUACAUGGCCACUCGGGCCAACACAGCUGAUAUCUUCACCAAGGCACUUUCGCCUGGUGAUCAUCAGCGUCUCUGUACUGUUCUAGGCCUCGUGCCUACGUUUUCUCACUUGCUCACUUCUUGA